AGAGAGAGAAAAGAGAAGCGAGAAGGAACGUAAUGGGUCGUGUCGAGGAGGUCCCAGCAACAACAAUGGCGACGAAGAAGAGAAAGAAGGGACGUCCUUCUCUUUUAGAUAUUCAAAAGCGUACUCUCAGACAACAGCAGCAUCAACAACUACUGCAACGGAGCCCUAAUUCGAAAAACCCUAAUGUCUCUUUCGAUUCGAUUGAGAGUAGGAACCGCCGAUCCAUCCGCCGAACCCCCAAUCCAGAUGGGAAUUCCUCGGCACUGGAGUUUAUUGGAUGCGAAGAUGAUGGAGAUGAGCGGAAAGAGAAGAAGCAGAAGCCGUUGAUGGGAUUGAACUUGCAGAAUCAUAAUCGAAUUCACGGUGCCUAUGGGUCGAAUUCAGACAUGGAUGGCGAGAAUCUCGAGGAGGAUCAUAAGAGGCAAAGGAUCGGCGAUGGUAGUCUCGGAUCUGAUGUAAUGGGUGGAAGGGUUUGGAAAGCGACAGAUACUCUUCAUGGCUCACCUGUGGAGUCUGGCCCCACUACACCUUUGCCAGACAAAAAGUUGUUGGUGUUCAUUCUUGACAGGCUUCAGAAGAAAGACACUUAUGGGGUGUUCUGUGAGCCAGUUGAUCCAGAGGAGCUUCCGGAUUACCAUGACAUUGUUGAUCACCCGAUGGAUUUUUCUACUGUGAGGAAAAAACUAGAUGGGGGAGCUUAUUCCUACUUGGAACAAUUUGAGAAAGACAUUUGCCUGAUCUGUUCCAAUGCAAUGGAGUACAAUGCACCAGAUACCAUUUACUUUCGACAGGCACGAUCCAUCCAGGAGUUGGCUAAGAAAGACUUUGAAAAUUUGAGACAAGAUAGUGAUGAUGGGGAACCGCAGCCCAAAGUUGUCAGGAGGGGUAGGCCUCCAGGCAAGGGCCUGAAAAAGUCACUUGAAAGAUCUCUCUUUGACCGUGUUGGCCCAGACUUUUCUUCAGAUGCAACUCUUGCUUCGGGAGGAGAUAUUACCAGCUGGUCUAAUGGUUAUAAUCUAAGAAAAUCUACUGUAUCUAAGUCCCAGCCUGCUGAUGCAUCAGUCUGGGCCUCUCAUGGAUCUCACAGUGGUGAAAACCAUACUACUGGGUCAUCUGAAUUGGAGAAGGAAUUCCCAGCUUCUGUUGUGAGGGCUGUGAUGAAGUAUGGGAAGAAACAUUUUGCCGUGGAUGAGAAUAAGCGUGACACCUAUAAGCAGCCAGUGGCUUCUGAGCCAUCUGUUUGGACUACCUUUGAAGGAGAACUGGAUCAACUAGUGCCUGUAGGUGUAGGUUUGGAGCAUGGUUAUGCCAGAAGUCUAGCUCGAUUUGCGGCGGGUCUUGGGCCUGUUGUAUGGAAAGUUGCCUCAAAAAAAAUUGAGAGGCUUUUGCCUUUCGAACUUGGGUGGGUAGGAGAGGACAAGGCAGAUGAAUGCUUGGCCUUUUUAUCUUCGGAGAAGCAAAAUUCUUUGGACAACUGUGUACGGGAUGACCAUGUUGGUGGACUUCCACCAUCUUGUGGCGCUAACUCUAUUGUUGCAAGUAGAUUCUUUCCGCAGACUCAUCGAGACAUGACAAAAGGCGUGGCAGGACCAAGUUCCCAAGGCGAGUUAAAUUCAUUGGAUGGUGGCCUUAAUGGAAUACAACAUGUAGGUGCUUUCCAGAUUCAACAAAAGCCCGUGAUUCAUUCCAAUAAUGGCUAUAAUCAUUUAUCUGCAACGGGGACACUAAGAACUGGAACACCAACAGAACAAUCCAGUUUUGAGGCCGCAGCAGUGGCUUCUCGUUCAACGUCUGGUAACGAUUUGGCUUCGAGCAAAGCCAAUUUGACUGGUAGUUCUCGUGAAUUAUACUCUGGAAACUCAUCGCCGGCAGGCUCUGGCUUUGCGUUACAAACAGUACCACAUGCAGCAGCUCGUAGGUCUUCGUGGCAGGGAUUGCCACCGUUUGGUAAGCAGGAUGCCCCUCCAUUUCUGGCUGACCUAAAUGCCGGGUUUCUGGCACCAGGUUCACCUGGUACAAAUGUUCCGAUUGGUUCACCACAGCAGCCAGAUUUAGCGUUGCAGCUAUGAUAACAUGGCUGUUCAUUUUUUCUUAUAAGUUGACAUGGUUGAUUCUCACGUUGAAAAUUGGUCAUGGAGACUGUAGCAAUGGAAAGCGUAGGGCAAUUCUCACUGUACAGAUCAAUACAUCAUUUUUCUUUCCUUUGGAGGUUCAAAACCGAAAAAUAUCUCUCUCAAAUUUGUAUUCUUUAGAUUGAGAGAUCCUGAAUUUUUCAUUGGAAUUGUAGAGAACAAUGGCAUAGUGUUUGUAGCACAUUCUUAUCUUCUUGCUGGUACA